AUGGCGGCCCCAAAUGGCAGCGCAAACGCGCAAGAACCAGCUGUAGAGUUUAAUACUCUCCCACCGGUCCUUGGAAUCAAUUUUGGAAACACUUACGCCUCGAUUGCGGACGGUUUGGCUGAAGCUAUCGCCAAUGAGGACGGUGAACGUCAGAUAGCGUGUGCUAUCUCGUUCCAUGGCGAGGAAAUCCAUUAUGGAACUGGUGCGAUGCACCAGCUCGUCAAGAACUCGAAAAAUACUAUUCUUGGAUUCAGGAAUCUUAUUGGAAAGAAAUUCUCUGAGAUUUCCCAAUCAUCGUCGCCCAUAUCGGCGCCAGUUAUCCAGCAUCCUGAUAUCCCUGACGAGCCCGCGUACAAGGUCGAGAUCUUGGCCCCUGCACCUUCACCGAUCCCACCCAGCACCCAACCCUCCAAUGUGAACACUCCUCUGGCCUCCAAAAUCGGCACUCCCCGCUCAGAACCUGUCCCUGCUGAACGCAUCUUGACCGUAUCCGAGGUCACCACCAUGUUCCUCGCAAACCUUCUCGAAUCCGCAGAAGACUUCCUUGGAAAGAAGGUCCAAACCGCCGUCAUGACCGUUCCCUCGUGGUUCACCGAUGUCCAACGGGAAGCCCUCGAAAAAGCCGCAUUGGCUGCGGGUAUCCCCGUAAAGCAGUUGCUCGACGAGCCUGCUGCCGCAGCCGCCACCUCCACCACCAAGGAAUGGAGCGAAGACCUCCCAGCUGACCGAACCCAGCUGGUGGUCGACGUCGGUGCAUCAGGCACCUCCCUCUCGCUGCUCUCCAUCCGCCAGGGCCUCAGCUACGUCCUGGCCUCAUCCAACACCCCCGGAGCCGGCGCCGACCAGAUCGACGACAGGCUCAUCAAAUUCUUCGCCGCCGAUUUCACCAAGAAGACCAAAACCCCGCUCACCGUCGCGCCCUCGACCGAGGUCCAGGACCGCAGGGCAGAAGCGCGCCUCCGCCUCGCGAUCGAGCACACCAAGCGCACGAUCUCCGCUUCCCCAGGUGCCGCCACCUGCUCCGUCGAGUCCCUCAAGGACGGGCUCGACUACACCGGCUCGAUCAACCGCAUGCGGUUCGACAUGGUGGCUAGCCCCGUCUACGGCGCCAUCGCGGACGCCGUCAUCUCCCUCCUCUCCGAUGCAGGCGUCGACGCGCACGAAGUCGACGAAAUCGUCUAUGUCGGUGGUACCGCCUCCCUCCCUGGCCUCGACGAGCACAUCAUCCUCUCCGGCGGGUUCAACGAGGACGUCCAGACGCCCUUUGCGCGCGGGACUGUGACUGGCGGCGGUGUCGGUGACCCCACCACCGUCCUCGCCCGCGGCUGCGCGAUCCAGGCCGCACUGAUCAACGAUCUCCCGCAGAACGAGGAGAGCGCCGAGGUCGUCGAAGCGUUCCACAAGCCCACCAAGGCGAACCAAGUCAAAGCCACCUCGCGCACGCUCGGCCUGCUCUUCCCCAGCAACGCCCCGGAGCACAGCGACCUCGGCGGCGUCUUUGUCCCCGUUGUGCAGAAGGAGACCGCGCUCCCCGUGCGCAGGACCGUCCAGUUUGCCGUUGGGGACUCGUCGAGGCGUGUGGCGUUUGAGGUUUGGGAGAUCAAGGAGGGGAUCAGGGUUGAGAAGAUCAAGGGCGAGCCUUUGGAGGACGACGAUGAGGAUGAGGAGCCUGAGGAGACCGAGGUGAAGCACAAGAUCACCAGCAAGGAGGUGCUGUUGGGUGCGCUGGAAUUGGAGGCGUCCAAGGCGGUCGAGGUGCAGUUCGUCGUUGGUAUUGAUGGUCAGUUGGAUGUCGAAGCGAGGAACGUGGGAGGAGAGAAUGCUGAGCGGUUGCAUGUGCCUGCGCCCUAA